AUGGCUGAUUUACCCCCCGUUCGUGUAUCGCAGGUCAAGCCAUUCGCGCAUACCGGUGUCGAUUUCGACGGUCCAAUUUCCAUUACCCUGGCGCGAAGGCGCGGCGCUAAGACUCAGGCGGCUUACAUUUGCCUAUUCGUUUGCAUGGCUACCAAAGCCAUCCAUUUGGAAUUGGCUUCUGAACUCAGCUCAGACGCAUUCUUGGCCGCUUUUCGGCGCUUUGUCGCUCGCCGCGGGCGUUGCACUGACAUGUAUAGUGAUCAGGGUAGAAAUUUUGUCGGUGCUAACCAGUUGUUGGUACAGUAUUGCCAGCAGUCCGCCGACCAGUGUGAGGUGCGCUGGCACUUCAACCCACCCUCCAGUCCUCACUUUGGAGGUCUUUGGGAGGCCGGCGUCAAGUCGGUAAAGACCCAUUUGUUUCGUGUGAUAGGCUCUCAAAUCCUGACUUUCGAGGAAAUGUCGACAGUGUUAACUCAGGUGGAAUCCAUACUGAAUUCCCGCCCAUUAUGUAGUUUGAGUUCCAACCCAAACGAUUUGCAUAGCCUUACUCCUGGGCAUUUUCUGACCCUGGAGCCCCUAUCUGCCCCUCCCGACGACCCUUUAGCUAAUCUGAACACUAACAGACUCACUCGUUGGCAGCUCAUGCAGCAGUUGCAUCAGCACUUCUGGGACAGAUGGCAUCGGGAAUACCUCCACCAGCUGCAGCAACGGCACAAGUGGAACACCACGACUAACCCCCCAAAAGUUGGUCAGUUGGUUUUAAUUAAAGACGAGAACCUCCCCCCGUUAAAGUGGCUUCUGGGCCGCAUCACGCGCUUGUACCCCAGUUCCGACAAGAAAAUUCGCGUUGUGCAAGUACACACGGCCAAAGGCACUUUCGAUCGACCUUUGGUCAAAUUAUCUUUUGUCCCUAACUGUUAA